UCCUCCUCGUAACACAAUGCAAACCACAGAGACAAAGGAACAGAGGGUAUACGAUCUGUGCAAUGAAGCACGUCAAAAGUUUUUACAGUACAGUGGUGGUCCCGCUCCGCCAGACCUCUUUGUUCAAGCUCGCUGGUCAAUGGCCAAUGUACACCUUCUUCUCACCGACGCUGUCCAAAACAUCUAUGAUCAGGCGGAAUCGAUCACAGAGGCCCAGCAAAGUGCCUUCAUCCAAUAUGCCUACUUUAGUGAACAGGUACUACAUCAUCACCACUGGUUCGAAGAAACCAUUGCUUUUCCUAUAAUCUCUCCUGAAUUCCAAUGCGACAUAUUGGAAGAGCAUGCCGCCUUUUCUGAUGCAAUGGAGCGCUGGGAGGAAUACCUCGAGUCCCUUCUUGGACUGGAGAAGAAUAAAGACGGAAAGGCAGUUCCUUCAUUGAACAAAACCAAGGCUGUCUAUGAUAGCAAGCGGAUGAAAAGGUACAUUGAAGACAUGAGUGAACCACUGUUCGUACAUUUGAUGCAUGAAAUAGAUUGGCUCGCCCCAGAAAACAUACGUACCAGCGGGCUACCUCUGAGUAAACUCGAGCGUCUCAAGGAGGAUCCCUUUACCUUUGGGUGCUGGGUUGUCGCACAUGGUCGCCCAGAGUUGCAGUUUCCUGAAAUGCCGUGGCUCGGAAAGAAGGUUUUAUUCCCAUGGGUUUUCUACUGGAAAUACAGAUCUGUGAGUGGUGUGACAUUGUUGAGAGUUCAGAACUGGUCGCUCAUACUAUCACAGGCAUGGCAAUUCGCCCCCAAAUACCCUAUUGUCGAGAAGAGCCAAUAA